AUGAGCAAAUUAAUCAACUUGCUGGCUAUUGCCUCUGUGGCAAUCCUCGUCUGCUCCUUCGGACCCGACUCUGCCAAUGCCGUGGCCGUUAGCGGCCAUCACUUGUCUCGUCAUGUAGCCCAUGACGGUCUUGCCAGGAGAGUGUCGGAGAGAAAGAAGAAACGCGACUUGACCAGGCGUUGCCAGCAGCGCCCGUCUAGCAGUCCCGCUAGCAGUAGCACCACUAGCUCUACCGCUACUACUGCUUCUUCAUCUCCGGCAACCACUACUUCUUCCACUCCUACUACUUCGUCGACCCCCACCACGUCGUCCACUCCUACUACGUCCUCUACUCCUACUACCUCGUAUACCCCUACUACGUCUGCCCCGCCUCCGCCUCCAACAACAUCUUCGGCUCCUCCGCCGGCCAGUACACCCCCUAGCACUGGGGGUUCAAAAGUUGGGAUUGCCUGGAACAGCGCUAACACUGCUGCUCUUGCUAACUUUAAGACUAGCAGUACUCAAUUCAUCUACUCAUGGAGCGCAUGGAAACCGGAUGGCGCUGACCAGCUCGGCUUUGAUUUCUGGCCUAUGCUGCCCAAUGCAGCCUCAAGUUCUAUUUCCGCGUUCCAGAGUAACGUCGUAGCCGGCUUUGGAAGUACCAUCUUGGGAUUCAAUGAACCGGACCAGAGCAGCCAGGCAAACCUCUCCCCUUCUGACGCUGCCAGUCUGUGGAUGCAGUACAUUGAACCUAAGAAGGCUCUUGGUUACGCUUUGAUUUCACCUGCUGUAUCGUCUGGUUCCGGUGGUAUUCCUUGGCUGCAACAGUUCUUGACGGCUUGCAGUGGUUGCACCAUUGAUGGUUUAGCUCUUCAUUACUACGGAACUUCCGCUAGCGACAUGAUCUCAUACAUUGAAGGCUUCCAUAGUACCUUCCCCAGCUAUAAUCUGCAUGUCACUGAGUUUGCAGAUGAUAACUUCAGUGGCGGGGCGCAGGCAACUAUGGAUGAGAUUUGGGCAUUCUGUAGCCAGAUUAACUCGUGGAUGGAUAGCACCUCGUACAUUGCCUCGUACUUCCAAUUUGGUGUCUUGGACAGCAUGGGUAAUGUCAACCCGCUAGAUGCAUUGAUGGACACCUCGACUGGGUUGCCAACCGAUCUUGGCUACACCUACAUUUAUAACGGGUGGAGCUCGUAA